AUGUCGACAGACCAGAAGACAGCCGGCCCCGAGGGCAAUGCCCUCUUCACGCGCAGCCACCUGUUCGACCUGACCGGCAAGGUCGCCCUCGUCACGGGCGGCGGCACGGGCAUCGGCCUGAUGGCCACACAGGCGCUCGCCGCCAACGGCGCUCGCGUCUACAUCACCUCGCGCAACAAGGAGAAGAUCGAGAACGCAGCGUCGACGUACGGCGGCGAUGCCGUCGCGGGGGAGAUCAUCCCGCUCGUCGCCGACGUCACGAGCAAGGCCGACAUCGACCGGCUGACGAAGGAGAUCGAGUCGCGCGAGGAGUGCCUCGACGUGCUCGUCAAUAACGCGGGCGUGUCGAGCUCCUCCAUCGAGGUCGAGAGCGAGGGCGCCGCGGACAUGAAGGCCAGCCUCUUCGACGGCGGGGCGGCGGACUUUGACGACUGGACCGACACGUACCGGACCAACGUCGCGGCCGUGUUCUACGUGGCAGCGAGCUUCCUGCCGCUGCUGCAGGCGUCGACGGAGAAGCGGCGCGGGUGGAGCGGCACGGUGAUCAACAUCAGCAGCAUCAGCGGCAUGAUCAAGAAGUCGCAGCACCACUUCUCGUACAACGCGUCCAAGGCGGCGACGAUCCACGUGAACCGGAUGCUGGCGGAGGAGGUGGCGUCCAACGGGAUCAAAGUGCGGAUCAACAGCAUCGCGCCGGGCGUGUUUCCCAGCGAGAUGACGACGAAAGAGUCCGCCGACGAGCAGCAGAAGAGCGCGAUCCCCAAGGAGAAGUACGCCGACAAGGUCCCCGCGGGCCGGCCGGGCAAGGACGAGGACAUGGCGGCGACGGUGCUGUACUUUGCGUGCAACCAGUACCUGAACGGGCAGACCCUGGCGGUCGACGGGGGGUACACGCUCGCUGCUGGGUUGUAG